AUGGCGGGGUGGCGGAUGAAGGAUGGCGGCGGGAUGAAGGAUGGCGGGAUGAAGGAUGGCGGGAUGAAGUAUGGCGGGAUGAAGUAUGGCGGGAUGGAGGGUAUCGUCGCUGUCGCUGUCGCUGUCGAUGUCGAUGUCAGUGUCGAUGGCAUCGACAUCGAUAGCGACCAGUUCCGUCGCUGGUGGCUGGAAGGACCCUUGAUCGAUGCAGAUCAAUGCCCAUCUGGACGCGUCGUCGUCGGCGUCGUUUCGUCGGCGUCGAUCCGUCAGCGGUUAGGUAACCGCUGA